AUGAAUGAGUCCAGGCAACAGUCCCUGUUCUUUAUCAUACUUCCAGAUUUACACAAACUUUGUACUGCCCAGAUAAUAUUGAGUAGCAAGCUGGCAGAAAUAGAGAUUAGGAGUACACAGAUAAAGAUGUGCAGGCAGUUGCUACUUCUGCAUGAAGAUAUUCUUACAGCACCUGUGCCUGGAAUAUUAAACCAAAUUUGGGUAGUGAUGUCGAUACCAUUUUUUAAAUCUGGGAGACUUAAUGCCUAUACUGAAAAAUAUGGAGCUAAGAUGGAGGCUCCACAAAGAGUAAUUCCUGUAAUUCUUCAAAACUGCCUUUCAUAUUCACUCACUGCUAGACUUGCUCCAGCCUGGAACAGAACAGGUCAUCUCUUGGUACAAGGAAGAAAUUUUCUUUCUCAUAUGGGAAAGCAAAAUGCUGUUGUAUUAGACAUCAAUGUAACAGAAACACAAGUUUGUCUAAGUAUUGAAGUCUAUACAAUCAGAUUGCCACCACCUGAGCUAAAGGAGUUUGAUAUUUCUCAGCGUAUUAUAGAGGAUUUCCAUGCCAACCAGAAUGCUGUCAUUGAGAGACAUUCCAUCUUAAGUAACUGGUGCUACAUUCUGCCCAGCAUGAAAAUGGGGCAGAUAAUAAAUUUUCUUCAUACGGCACCGCCUGACUGUCCCUUUCGUUCCUUCAAAGAUUUCCAGAGGCACUGGGAUGACCUGUAUGGCUAUAAACUUCCAGAAGAUUGUGGAGAUAUGAAAAUAUACUGUAGCAUCUAUUUCAAAAUGGUCAAAGAAAGGACCUUUACAUACCCUCUCAGUUGCAUCAGGAGUCAGCCCAUUCAGUUCUUCCCAAGGGUGGAUUUGGAAGGUGUGUUGAAAAGCUUUCUUUCAGAUUUAAGAUCUAAACUGCCGCACAUAUGUGGACUUCCCAUAAAGAUGACAAAUAAGCCAUGCUACUACACACAGGAGCUAACCAGACCACAAAAACAGGAAAACAAAGUCAAACCUCCCAAUCUGACGACUAAAAAACACUUGAAAGCUUCUCUAACUCAGGCCACCUUGCUGAAACCCACAGGGGCUCUAUGUUUAGUCCCACAGCCAGCAGCAGCCAACCACAAGGUGGAGCCUUUUGUCAGCCAGCAGCGCUCAGGCUUGCUUUCAGCUGAUCCCGUCCAGCCAGUGUCUCCUCAGGACCAGAAGCCCUCCUGGCCUCUCCAGGCACCACAGCUGCCUUUGGAGGUGUCAAAACUCAGCAGAGAAAACACACACAUUCAGCACAAUAAUCUUUGCUCACAAAGUAAGAGAGCCCCAGCAUUCAUACCAGUUUUCAAAAGGAAAUCUGAGCAAGGGAACAAAGACAUCUCAGCACUUGGCAACAUGAAAAGAAAACAGAGCGCUGUUACAAAGCCUACCCUGCCGGCACAGAAAACUAGUGUAACCCAGGGAGGCAAACCAAGUUUAGGUUCAGCUACUAGAAAAAGACCAGAUAGUCACACUCAGGUACAGGCUAGGAACUUAAACCAGAAGAGCAUCAGGCCUCUGCUAGAGAAGAGCUCUGAGUUCUGUGAGCACAAGAGGGGCCAUCUCUCUUCUGAUGUGAACCAGACUCUCUACUCCAGUGAUGGUAGACCACUGUCUACUAAGGCCAUGACACAGACGUCAAGUAACAGCUUACGGGUGAUAAAAAAUGCUGUUGACAGCCACACCAGCGGAAAACACACUUUAACUAGCAGAUUUAUAACACAAAUUUUGGGGAAAACCCAUGAGUCACUAAAGCUCAAAAGCCAACCACACAUUUUUGAAUCAGACGUAGAGACUGAAGACUCCCAACUACAACAGCAACAACUAGCAAAUCAAAUUAAAGAAGCUGACAAAGGUGAAUAUGGCCUCAUAGUGAGCAAAGCAUCUCACAAGCACAGAAGGAAGUUAUGUCUUGAGUCUUCAAAAUCUGCUACAAAGCUUUGCUCUAAUGCUGCAUGUCAGGGGCAACCCAGUUCUUCUAAGAAACAGGUAUCUAGUACAACAAAACCCAAGAAUUCCCUCAGGGUUCCUGAGGCUGAGUACAGUGUGGAACAGAGACUGCCCACCAGGUACUGCAGUGAAGAGCCUUUUGGACCAGCAGCCCCAGGUCCUGGCACUCAUCUUGGCUGCAACCGCAUCACGGAAAAGAACCUGCCUUUGGACCCUCCGGUUGACGUAUUUCUUGUUGGCACCGUCGGGUUUGACGCAGAGGACUCCAUUUUGAUUCUGAUGACUUUUGCACACCUUUGA